CCUCACCAGGUGGAAGCUUAGCUGAUCUUACUCGCGUUAACCAAAGUAGUACCCAACUUCAUCAUCUUUCGCCUUUCACUAGUCGUGGCGCUUCUCUAGAGGGAUUCUGUGCGCCUGGGCGCACUGGUGCUGGCCGAGUCGGGCAGGACCAAGACAACUUACCCAUUUUCGAGAACUCGAUUGGAUCUUCGAAUAUUCGUGGAGUGCCUGAAAGCAGGGACUUUCUCGACAGCUCGCCGCUGGUGCGAUGCGGUGACUCAACGUCAGAAUUUCAUACGUCGGGCUUAGGAGGAGCUGGAGGAGCAAAAGCAGUUAAGUACGGCGCGCCUUCGCCUACUGUAUGUGAAGACACGACCAGGAACGAUGACGAGUCUGGUGAUCAUAUUACUGCUACUGGUGGUGAAACGCGGAUAAUUUCAACGACUGCGCGUGCUAGCGACGGUGGUGCAGCGUCUGCUGAUGCAUCAGCAUCAGGUUCGUUGCUUAACACACAACCGCUGUUACAACGAGGGCGUGAAGAUCUUUCUCGAGGAAAUACGUCCGGUCACACUACUAGUCCGCCGCGGAC